GUUCUUUAUGAGAACAAACACGUCCAGAGCUGUCUCUUGUCUGAAGCCACUGACAGGAACUGAGCUUCUGUCGAUGUCACAGCAGAGUUCACCUGCUGAGGUUGAAGUAACAUGUUAUUAUACAGUGGAGCGUAGAGGAGAACAACAUCCAUCUCCACACAGUAACAGAGCCUCCAUCAGCAUACUGAAACUGACAGACACAAGUCCAUCUACAACAACACAGGAGAUGACAACCCAGACAAUCACAUCUUUCAGAAUGACCACAGGUCAGACUGUCACUAUGUCACGUAGCAGUUUUGGUUCACGAUCUACUUCCCUAAAAGAAACAGUUUCUAGAGGAACUACCAGACCUGGUACAGGUGCUUUGACCCUGGGCUUGUUUCCUGUCACCACACCAGAGGCAUCUUCAGGGAAGUGUAGUGACAAGAGAUUACAAGCCAGUGUUACUGGCGAAUCUGUGAACAUGACGAGUGUUGAUCCUGGAGAACUUGUAAUUUCCUUUUGGCAAGUCAAAAUCACAGAUCCUAUAUUACUGAUGUGCAUAACAAGGCUUCUUUGGCCUCUAACACUGCUCUCCACCAGUAAAAAAAAAAAAAAAAAAAAAGUUACCUGCAGGGAAUAUUGAGUCCUACCAUGUGAUCAGCUCAUUGCCUGGUGCCGACUAUCCCACUGCUGGAUUUGAUCAAAGGAAUACGAGACAGUCGUGUGAAAAUGAGAAGUCUGAAGUAUACCAUGUGUAUGAUGUAAUCCCUGAGGAGCCAGCUGCAGUAGCUCUGGACAGUAACGCCUACAGCACUGUAAUGAAACACUAGUAAACACUGGAAGACCUGCAGGAUUAGUAUCAGGGAAAUAUAGCAUUUAUUUAUUGAUUUAUUUAUGUAUUUAUUUUUGGAAUAAUGACAAGUUUCUGUUUCAACAUAGCAACAAACAUCUGCCACCUGGUUAGUAUGUUUGUAAAGGCCUCAUACAGAGCCUAGUACAUCAUGCAGAUACAGAACACAUAUCCUGCCCUCUGCUGUUGAACCUGAGCCUUGCAUGUCCACUGGUCCACAGGCUUUGUCCUGUCAGAAACAAAUGUUGUCAGUAAUCAUCCAGGCAGAAAACGUGGUCUUUGGACAUUAAGUGUUAUGUACAGUAACAUUCACAGCUUUGUGCCUGCCUUUUCUUUAUAAUGAAUAUGAGUUUAUGCAUAUAUUGUGUACAUACAUAAACAGAUUUUACCAUUAUUUACAAAAUGUUUAAGAGCUUUUUUUUACCUCCUUACAGGGUCCAGGGGGUUCAGCUCCUUGAGUAUAAUAAAGACUAUUGUAACAUACCAAAUUUAGAAAGAGCUUGUAAGUAUACACCGAUCAGCCACAACAUUAUGACCACUGACAGGAGAAGUAAAUAACAUUGACCAUCUUGUGACAAUACAAUGUACCUGGUAUUCAUGUGGCUGUUACUUAUGUACCACCCACA